CACUUUCAGUCUGAGCAUUCAGUAAAUAAAACCCGGUGACGUGCAAAAUCGCUCCCAAGUCAAAAAGUCUCCCGGAAAUCAUUUUGACCCAGGAGCGAUCUGGCACGACGAGAGCAAAAUCUUUCCCACUGUCCCCGAGAACAAUUUCAACGAAUAUCAACUUCUAUAGAGCAACUUAGCACAACACUGGGAACUUUCGCGGAACUGAGUAAAUCUGUCGUUACACGAACAGCGCGGCAAGAGAGGGAGAAAGCUGAAGAUUUCUUAACACAGCAACUGGGAGGCAAGGAAACAGAGACCGCUGGAUAAAUCAAAGGAAGACAAACCGUGACACAAGGAAGAGAGACAGAGCACAAGAUAGAGAUAGAUCACAAGGAAGAUACAAACGAAUCAAAAGAAAGGUUCUUCAGGAGAGAGUUCACAAGAUAGUCGGAAAGAUCACAAGAAGGAUAUAGAGACAUCACAGGAAGAGACAGAGGGUUAGAGAUAUACAAUUCUUUCUUCUUCCAAAAUGACGUCCACCAAAUCCCCGGCAGUGAGGAAGGUGGUGGAGAGCGAGAAGGAGGUAGCCAAGCAGCUGUGUACUCUCGUGGAGCACCUGUCCAAUGAAGCUAUCGAGGCAAGGGGGAGGUUCACCAUUGGCUUGUCUGGUGGAUCAAUGGCAAAGUUCCUGUGUGGGGGCCUGCCCUCCAUCCAGACCAGCUGGGACAAGUGGCUGCUAUUCUUUUGUGAUGAGCGACUUGUGCCGUUCUCAAAUGAUGACUCAACAUACAAGAUUUACCAGGCUGGCCUCGUGGGCAAGACUCCCUUGAAAGACGAGCAGUUUGUGACCAUCAACCCAGACUUGGAAGUGCAGGCUGCCGCUAAGGAUUAUGAAGAAAAGAUCCGAGAUAAAUUCCCUGACAGUGAUUGGCCACGCUUUGACCUGCUGCUGCUGGGGAUGGGGCCUGAUGGACACACUGCUUCCCUCUUCCCAGGCCACCCCCUCCUGGACGAGCAGAGUGUGUGGGUCGCUGCCAUCAGUGACUCCCCCAAGCCUCCCCCAUGCCGAGUGACCAUGACCUUUCCCGUCAUCAACAACGCCCACUGUUGUGCCUUUGCCAUGGCUGGGGAAGGAAAGGCAGAUAUGGUGAAGCGCAUCCUUGGCGAUGGUGAGGCACUGCCGUCCGGAAUGGUACAGCCAACAGACGGAGAGCUGCUGUGGAUUCUGGACAAAUCUGCCGCAUCUAAGUUGUCACUCCCUCCUACAAGAAAAGAAUGUUUGUCCUGCUGUCUACAGUGAUCCCUGACCCACCACACCCCUCAGCCUCCCCUGUGACCAUCCUACCUUUCCCUCCCUGUGAUGCCUGCUAAGGAUAACUCAGCUUUAACGUGACACCAGUAUUACUCCAUACUGUAUGCUGGAUACAUCUUGGUAUAUCAAACACAAUAAGCUAUUGAUCCAGUACAUACCAAGAUAUAUAAAAUGUUGAAAGAGUAAGGUAUAUUAAAUUAAACAUUCCAUUACAGUUAAUAAAUUUGUAUGCAUGUAUAGUUAAUUGAAGAUAAUGUUGAUGGGAGUUACUUGCAUACAUACAUACAUACAUACAUGAAACUUGUAAAAGGUUGACAUUCCAACACAUCCAGCAAAGCCUGUGUACCAUUUCAUAUGUAAGAUGUUAUUGUAUGCCUGUUGUGGUUCUACAUUGGUAUUGCAUUUCAAACAGUUUAGCUAUUAGUGGUCUGGUGUAUGCUUGCUCUAGGACUUGCCUCUAGAAUGGCUGUGCCUGUGCAGUGAAUGGAUUCAUAUCAUAGUUUGUAACUUCACAUAUGAAUGUUUGUACUGUGGUUGUUAAAGGUUAUUUUGAAGCAAAAAACAUAUGCAUCUUG